CCCGAUGAAAGUUAACAAAACUCAACCAUCCUAGCCCUCUCGAGUCUCGAUCGAUCUCCUCAUCUCCUCCGCCAUACCGGAAAUGGCGACUACCCUACUCCCGGAGACCGCCCAAAAGCUCCUAUCCCAAGAAACCCUCCGCUCCGCCGCCAAACAAUCCCAGCGCUGCCUCACAACCCCCGUCCGCCUCCGCCGCGCCAUAAAAAAAUACCUCCGAGAGCAGGAUGAGCCCCACAUGAAGAGGAAGGUCCUGAGGCUAUCGGAAUCCUUUAGCCAAAUCAAGGAUGUGAACUCGCAGCUUGUUACGGCGACUUCGCAGCAACUCGUUGAGGACCCUUUGCGGUCUGUGGACCAAUCCCAGCGGUGGAAGAUCAAGAGCUCAUACGGUGACAUCGGCCUCAGCUACAGAGACGAUGAGACCGUUGCUUAUGUUGCUUCCAGAAUGCCUGCUGUCUUCUCUGCCUGUCACAGAGUGCUCAAGGAGGUUCGAAGAAGGCUACCUGAGUUCUCUCCAGCUAAAGUAUUGGAUUUUGGUGCUGGCACGGGUUCAGCUUUCUGGGCACUACAAGAAGUCUGGCCGAAUUCCUUGGAGAAAGUUAAUUUAGUGGAGCCAUCCCAAUCAAUGCAGCGGGCAGGGCAGAAGCUUAUACAAGGUCAGAAGAACUUGCCACUUAUUCAUAGUUAUGAUAGCCUCCAGUCGUUGACUAAAAGUAUCAACAAGUCAGAGAGAGAACAUGACCUUGUAAUUGCUUCCUAUGUGCUUGGAGAGAUACCAUCACUCAAGGAUCGAAUUACUAUAGUACGCCAGCUCUGGGAUCUUACACAGGAUGUCCUGGUUUUGAUUGAACCUGGAACACCACAAGGAUCUAGUAUCAUAUCUCAGAUGCGCUCGCAUAUAUUAUGGAUGGAAAAAAGGAAAUGCCGGAAAUCUAAAGAUGGAACUGAUGAAGCUUCCAAGGACUUGGUGACUCAAAAGAGUGGUGCAUUUAUAGUUGCGCCGUGCUCUCAUGAUGGACAAUGUCCGCUGGAGAAAGCUGGAAAGUACUGUCAUUUUGUUCAGCGCUUGGAGAGGACAUCUGUUCAGCGUGCAUUCAAGCGGUCCAAGGGUGGCCAACCAUUACGUGGCUUUGAAGAUGAGAAAUUUAGCUUCGUUGCUUUCAGGCGGGGACAAAGACCACGGGAACCUUGGCCGCUUGAUGGUAUGAAAUUUGAGACUUUAAAGGAGCAACAUGCUAAACGCAGUACAGAAGAUCUUGAAAUUGACAUUGAUGAGUUAAUUAACUCGCAGCAAGUUGACCUCGUUCCAUUUGAAGAAUUGAAUCCAGUUAACUAUGAUUCCGAUGUUAUGGAACCUGAUUUAGUGGAUGAAAAUAACGAAGAUGAGGAAGAUGAAACAGGUCAUGCUGAUCUUGGUGGUGGUUGGGGUAGGAUUAUCUAUAUGCCUGUACGAAGGGGCAAGCAGGUUACAAUGGAUGUUUGUCGAUCAACCAAACUAGAUGGUUCAGAAGGCGAGCUUCAGAGAGUGGUUGUCACAAAGAGUAAGAACCCUACAUUACAUCUGCAGGCCCGAAAGUCCAUAUGGGGAGACUUAUGGCCCUUUUGAAGAUAAAUGUCCGUCACGUUGUAACCACAAUGUAUACGGAACUAUGAUGUUGUGAUGCAUGUUCAUUAUUUGAUUCUAUGUACCUAACUUACCAUGGGAACAAUACAUGAGUAGUCUAGGGUUUGUGCGGGUGAGUGUCGGAGGCCAUUAGCUUAUUGGUUAUUCUUAUGACGUGUUUACUUGGAAUGAAUUGGAAUGGGUAUUAGAAUUAUUCCCGUUCCUAACUCCAAAUGUGUUGGUAAAUACAAGGAUAUUGGAAUUAUUUUAAUUCCGAGUUUCCAUGUGUUUAGUAACGCACGAAAAUAAAGAAAGAUGUCAUUCUCACA